AUGGCCGCGCCGAUUCCGGAUCUACCGAUCCUCGCAGAAGACGACUCAAUGCUCACUAGAAAGUUUGGUCGCGAAGUCGCAAACUACUUCUCAGGCAGUCCGCUGAACCGGGUUUCAUUCCUGCGAGGUGAUCAUGGCUUCUUAUCUUCGGCGUUCUCGCAUCCUACGGCGUCAUUCUUGCUGAUGGAGAAUCUAUCCCCGUUGGCACAAGACCCGACCAAGUUGGCUUAUGUUGAGAAAUCCAUCGUCGAGCCUCUGACUGGAUCUGACCCAUUCAAGAAGACGGAGGAAGAAUUGCUUAAAGAGUUCAACUCCGAUGUUGCGUUCCCAGUAAUCCUGUUCCUCGGCAUCGAUGAGAAGAAGAAGUCCGGCUUCGAGUACAAGGACUACCGGGGUGCCCCCUAUUUUGCUGUGGACGUAACCCCAAAGGGCUCCAUUACGGAAGUGGCCAAGGGAGUUAUCGAGGCGGCCAAGGCGAAAGGCGUCUCCUUCCUGCCCGGCACUCGGCAUAUCACAUUGAACGCGCCUGAAGGUGAGAUCCCUUGGUUUUUCGUCCAAAAGACCACCCCGGCUGACAUUGGCGCAGCUGCUAUAUAUGCGCAAGCCCGUGCUCUGCUUGACUGGAACGCGCGCAACCCCUUCUGCGGAGGCUGUGGUCAAAAGACGCUGUCCGUCAAUGCGGGCAUGAAGCGGACCUGCCCGCCCACAGAUCUAGCCGGCGUCCCUGAGGGUGGCGCCCCCAAGGAGCGAGGCCCUUGCCCGACGAGGCACGGUGUUUCCAACCUCUGUUUCCCGCGAACAGAUCCUACCAUGAUCGUGGCCGUUGUAUCGGCCGAUGGUACCAAGAUGCUACUUGGCCGUCAGAAGAGGUGGCCACCCUACUGGUACAGCACACUGGCUGGGUUCCUCGAGCCGGGCGAGUCAAUCGAGGAGGCAGUGCGCCGCGAAGUCUGGGAGGAAAGCGGUGUUACCGUGGGCAGAGUGGUCAUCCACAGCUCGCAGCCCUGGCCGUAUCCCGCCAACUUGAUGAUCGGUGCUAUAGGGCAGGCCACGACGGAGGGUGAGACCAUCAACCUCGGAAAUGAUCACGAGCUGGAAUCGGCCAAGUGGUUCCCGAUGGAGGAGGUGAGAGAUGCUCUCCUUACUGGCACCAGUGGGCUGGGUGAGGCGGCGCCUGAGGGUUAUAAAGAGGGCGGCCUGCGCCUACCUCCGCAGACUGCCAUAGCGAACCGCUUGAUGGAUGCGGUGACCGGCGGGUUCCUCGCGGCGUCAAAAAUUUAA